GCGCGCAAUGAGGUUGUCCUUUCCCGUCGCUUCAGCACCAAAGCCCAUCUCUCUUUCAAGAUGACUCCUGCGGUAGAGAACCCUCCAGCCGAAGAAGAGGCAAAUGCAGAAGUUAUUUCAGGAACUGAAAGUGACAGUGAUGAUGAGUUACCUGAGCUUGAAGAGGGAGAUGCUGGCCAACCAGCAAUUUCAAGUGAAGUUGCUGCUGCAGCUGGAUUGACCGAGGAACCUGUCAGUAAAGCAAAACAGAGCAGAGGAGAAAAGAAAGCCAGAAAAGCACUGUCGAAAAUUGGACUUAAAACAGUUUCUGGAGUAACCAGAGUAACGAUACGAAAAUCCAAAAAUAUACUAUUUGUGAUAAACAAGCCGGAUGUUUACAAAAGCCCAGCCUCAGAUACAUACAUAGUUUUUGGUGAGGCAAAGAUUGAGGAUUUGAGCCAGCAAGCCCAAGUUCAGGCGGCUGAGAAAUUCAAAGCUCCCCAACCAGCCCCAGUCAUACCAGAAGCAAAGGUAGCUGCCAUUGAACCGGAAGAGGAAUCUGAGGAAGAAGAGAUCAAUGAUAGCUCCGUUGAGGAAAAAGAUAUUGAACUAGUUAUGCAGCAGGCUAAUGUCUCCAGAUCUAAGGCUAUCAAAGCUUUGAAAAAUAACGAAAAUGAUAUUGUCAAUGCCAUUAUGGAGCUGACUAUGUAAAUUAACCGUGCAUCAACUUUUAGAAUUUCCUUUGCUCUGUACAGGAUUUUUGCGUUUUAGCAUGUUUUCUUUGGUCAAAAAAAAGACGGGAAUAAAGUAGUAAUUAACUGAA